UUUGGUAGCCACCGCCCGGAAGUGCGUAAAGCAUGACGUCACGCAGGAGAAGGAAGCAGAAGUCCACAGCUAAGAUGGCGGAGGAGCAGCAGGAAUCAUCACAGGGAGAGAUGGAGGCAGAGGGAAACCGUAACAGCGUAAAACAUACCGAGAAAACAGGAGUGAACUGCCUCGCAUAUGACGAGGCCAUAAUUGCUCAGCAGGACAGAAUUCAGCAGGAGAUCGCCAACAGUAACCCUUUAGUGUCGGACAGACAGGACCUGUCAGUGCUGCAGAGGGAGUAUGCGGAUGAAGACACAAUUUAUCAGCUCAAGAUCAAGGACCUAUACAAACAAUACUCGUACAUCCGUAAGACGCGACCUGAUGGGAACUGUUUCUACAGAGCCUUCGGUUUCGCACAUCUCGAAUCCCUGUUAGAAGACAGCAAAGAACUUCAGAGGUUCAAAGCAGUUGCAUCAAAAAGUAAACUGGACCUGGUCAAUGAAGGCUUCACCGAGUUCACCAUUGAAGACUUCCACAAUACUUUCAUGGAUCUGAUCGAACUGUGUGAGAAACAGCCACGCCUGCAGGAGCUGCUGAACUCCUUCAACGACCAGAAUGUGUCCGACUACGUGGUCGUGUACCUGCGGCUGCUAACCUCGGGCUACCUGCAGCGAGAGUAUGGCUUCUUCCAGCAUUUCAUAGAGGGAGGACGCUCUGUGAAGGAGUUCUGUCAGCAGGAGGUAGAGCCAAUGUCUAAAGAAAGUGACCACAUUCACAUCAUCGCCUUAGCCCAGGCCCUGAACGUAUCCAUCCUGGUGGAGUACAUGGAUAGAGGAGAAGGUGGAACAGUCAAUCAUCACGUCUUCCCCGAAGGCGGCGACCCACGCAUCUUCCUCCUCUACAGACCCGGCCAUUAUGACAUCUUGUACAAAUAACACUCCUGGUCACAGCCCACCUCCUCCUCCUCCUGCUGUACGCUCUGGCAGCGGGUCGAAAAAACUAAUUAUUAAAAAAAAAACUUCAACAGCCACGUUGAUGAAUCAUACAUCUGUGUAUGAGAUUACACUUACACUCAUGUAUUUGAAAAAAGUAAAAAUAAAAAUGACAUUACAUGCCUCCCUUACCCUGGUCGCCCCAAGUUCCCAGGUUUUCUCCCUCAGUCAUCAGAAAAUGGUUAAUGAAAAGAAAAAAAAAGAAUCCAUGGAAACAAAUAGAAGUGACUCCAGGCAUUUAGAGUUGUACAGGUUUUUUUGUGGUUGUAAAUGUUAUCUACUUGCUUUAUGUUGGAUUCUUUUCCUUGUUACACUGCGUUUCAUUGAGUUUUAUUAAAGGGAUUUACAUCUUAUCUUGUCGUUGAAUUCGGUGGCUGCUGCAUGAUCAGGUCCUGAUUGAUUCAUGGAGACUAAUGCAAUUCCUCUGAAACAUAACUCACAUCUUCAAAUAUGUGAUUGUCUGCUGGCGGCCUAUGAAUGUAGCCUGCUGGCCCAACCUCAGCUGUGAUUGGCUCCCCCCGCAGCCCUCGGGGGGGUCAAGCGGCACUGAUAGUGGAUGGAUAUCCAAAGGUGUUCAGUUCAUCUGAGUAAGUGGGGAAGAACAGAAAAUGUUCACCUUUAAGAGACGGAAACCAGUGACUUGGAGGUAUUUUCAUGUCUAAUGACAAAUGACAAUUGAAACUGCACUGCUGAUUGAUUCUUUUAUCAUUUUUCUGAUCACUCCAAACUUCAAAUAAACUUCUUCACAGUGUA